AUGGCUUCACGGCAAAUCCAGCUCUCCGUCGUGAUGCUGGUUAUGGCCACCCGGCUGUCGGCACUGGCGGCGCCGGUCAACUUCAGUCGAAACUUCCAGGCCGACUGGUCACCCGAUCACAUCAGUUUAUCCGAAAACGGGGAACCGCUGAGUCUCUCCCUCGACAACACCUCCGGUAGCUCCUCGGUCGUCUCCGGCAUCGCCGACGGAGGCGGCGCCGCCUCUACUUCUCUCUCAGGCCUUGUCAGUAGCUUUCUAAAUCAACUCAUCUCCCUGUCACUAUUGUUCCCUGUAGGAUGUGGUUUCGCGUCGAAGGAUAAGUACCUGUUUGGCCAGGUCGGCGUGCAGAUCAAGCUCAUCCACGGGGACUCCGCCGGCACCGUGACGGCCUUCUACGUCUGUCAUCCCCUCUUCCUCAUCUUCCUCCACCUCCACGUUAACCCUAACCAGUCCUCCGUUUCUUCGCAAAGAUGGCCUCGGAAGGAGGGAACCACGACGAGCUAGACUUCGAGUUCCUCGGCAACGUCACCGGAGAGCCCUACCUCGUCCAGACCAACGUCUACGUCAACGGCUCCGGCAACCGGGAGCAGCGGCAUUCGCUCUGGUUCGACCCCACAGCCGACUUCCAUUCCUACUCUCUGCUCUGGAACCGCUACCAUGUAAGGUGAUAAAUCAACCAGCAGAUAAUCUCAUCUGCUUCACAGUGAUGAAGGUCUCUCUUUCCUCCAUUAAAACCGAACUGGGCACGUCUGCAGGUUCCUUGUGGACGGCGUUCCGAUUAGGGUCUUCAGUAACAAGGAGCCCAGCGGAGUUCCCUUCCCGAAGAACCAGCCCAUGGGGAUCUAUGGUUCCGUAUGGAACGCCGACGACUGGGCGACGCAAGGAGGGAGGGUGAAGACGAACUGGAGUCACGCGCCGUUCGUGACGGCCUUCCGGGCCUUCGACAUCGACGCCUAUUCCACGGCGGGCAGCGGCGGCGGCGAGCGGCGGCCGUCGUGGUGGGACUCGCCGGAGAUGAGCGGCCUGACCCCGCACCAGCAGCGUCAGCUCAAAUGGGUGCGGAAGAGGCACCUCGUUUACGACUACUGCGAGGACGCCGCGCGGUUCGGCGGAGCGACGCCCGGCGAGUGCUCCCCUUGA